AGAGGGCAACAGAAGUGGUUAGAGGGCUGGGGAACGGGACUUAAUGAGGAGAGGCUGAGGGAACUGGGUUUGUUUAGUCUGAAGAAGAAAAGACUGAGGGGGAUUUACCUUUCAGGCAGUUGGUUACAAAGAGGACAGAGCUAAACUGUUCUCAGUGGUGGCAGAUGACAGAACAAGGAGUAACGGUCUCCAGUUGCAGCAAGGGAAGCUUAGGUUGGAUGUUAGGAAAAACGUUUUCAUUAGUAAAGGGUAGUCCAGCACUGGAACGGGUUACCCAGAAAGGUGGGGGAAUCUCCAUCCUUGGAGGUUUUUAAGACCUUGGCUAGACAAAGCCUUGCCUGGGAUGGUCUAGGUGAGGAUGGUCCUGGUUUGAGCAAGGGGUUGGACUAGAUGACCUUCUGAGGUGCUUUACAAUUUUCUAUGAUUUUAUGGAUUAACCAGGGGGGUAUUUGUAUUUAGCCCUAGGCUCUCAGGGCCACCUAUACACAUGCUGGAGCAGGGAGGGGGUGUUGUUCGACAAGCUUUAGUUAAAGCACCCUGGCCCCAGUUUGAAACAUGGAUGCUGAAUAUGUGAGAGCCUGCAGCAUGCUGGAGCGUUCUGAUUAGAUUAAAUUGAGUCUGCUCCAGUGUGUUCUAACUAGAACGAGCACAUGGUGCCUUCCAGUCGCUGAAUUAAACCACUGACACGUGACGUGACCAUGAGGUAAACCAGUGACACUAAUGGCAACCUCGGUUGUAAGGCAGAUUUUGUUCUUGAAAAUUGACUCUGAAGGGGUCUUGCUACAUUUGGUGUUCUCUUACAUGCUAAGAUGGUCACCAUCUUGAAACAAAACCCAAGUUGUUAAUGCUGAAGGCACAGGGUAGACUGGCUGAGAACACUAUGGCUCGCUCUGAUUUCUAUUUUAAGCUUGAACGUCUUGUAGGCCCCUCAAAGUGUGAGACUGCAAAGAAAAUGGCCUUCUGAAUGAUCAGGCCUCAAGAAACCAAGCAAGCCUUUGCCCCUACAUAUAAGAUGGAUGGUGAUAGUUCUACAACAGAUGCUUCUCAGUUAGGAAUUGCAGGAGAGUACAUUGGUGGCAGUCACUAUGUAAUACAGCCUCAUGAUGACACAGAGGACAGCAUGAAUGAUCAUGAAGACACAAAUGGCUCAAAAGAGAGUUUUAGAGAACAAGAUAUAUAUCUUCCAAUUGCAAAUGUGGCAAGGAUAAUGAAAAAUGCCAUACCUCAGACAGGAAAGAUUGCUAAAGAUGCAAAGGAGUGUGUACAGGAAUGUGUAAGUGAAUUCAUCAGCUUUAUAACAUCUGAAGCAAGUGAGAGGUGUCAUCAAGAGAAACGAAAGACGAUCAAUGGAGAGGAUAUUCUCUUUGCCAUGUCUACGUUGGGAUUUGACAGUUAUGUUGAACCUUUAAAGCUGUAUCUCCAAAAGUUCAGAGAGGCAAUGAAAGGAGAAAAAGGUAUUGCAGGAACAGUUACAACUGCAGAUGGUCUUGGUGAGGAGCUCACAGAGGAAGCAUUUACUAACCAGUUGCCAGCAGGUUUAAUAACUACAGAUGGCCAGCAACAAAAUGUUAUGGUUUAUACAACAUCUUAUCAACAGAUCUCUGGAGUUCAACAAAUUCAGUUCUCAUGAUGUGAAGGCAACUUUGGAUCUGAGAUCAUGAGACAGAAAAGCUGUACAAUUCUAAAGAGACAUGAGUUUAAAAUGACUGGUGAACAGAGAUUUAUCUCUUUGUAUAUUAAUUAGCUGUAAUGUAGCUACCUGAGGCUUGACUAAUUGAGGUGUGAAUUCUGACUCAAAUCUUUUUUCAUGAAUGAUUUUAAAAAUUGGAUUUUAAAGGUAUUAAAGUAUUUUUGUUUUGUACAAGAGUUUGUUGCUCUGUAUAACUCCUGUAUGCAUUGUAUAUUGCAAUUUAUUACUGUCAGAGAUUUGUAGACAGUUUCUUAUUUUCAUAUUGAAUCAUGUUACUUUUGUAAUUCAAGUAAACAGCUGGGUUAAUUCAUGCUUACCCUUUGAAUAAAAUACAAGGGUAAAGUUAA